AUGAAUAUUCCAGGUGAAGAUACCAUCCGUAUCCUUCUUACUACAGACAACCAUGUCGGUUACAAUGAGAGCGAUCCUAUCACCGGUGAUGAUAGUUGGAAGACAUUCCAUGAGAUUAUGAUGUUGGCAAAAACUCAUAAUGUUGAUAUGAUACUACAAUCCGGUGACCUAUUUCAUACAAAUAAACCUAGCAAGAAAUCAUUAUAUCAAGUUCUCAAAUCCCUGAGAUUAGCCUGCAUGGGUGAUCGUCCCUGUGAGCUAGAACUACUGAGUGAUCCAGCACAUGUAUUUCGUUACAAUGAGUUCUCAAAUGUGAAUUACGAGGAUCCAAACUUUAAUAUAUCAAUACCCAUGUUUGGGAUAUCUGGUAAUCAUGACGAUGCUACAGGUGAUGCAUUACUAUGUCCCAUGGAUAUUUUACAUGUUAGCGGAUUAAUGAACCAUUACGGUAAAGUAUUAGAAUCUGAUAAAAUUACUAUAUCGCCUCUAUUAUUUCAAAAGGGUAACACAAAAUUAGCAUUGUAUGGUUUAGCAUCUGUUAGAGACGAAAGAUUAUUUAGAACCUUUAAAGAAGGUGGCGUUAAAUUUGAAGUUCCGACUGUUCGUGAAUCAGAAUGGUUCAAUUUAAUGUGUGUUCAUCAAAAUCACACAGGUCAUACAAACACAGCUUUCUUACCAGAACAAUUUCUUCCAGAUUUCCUUAAUAUGGUCAUCUGGGGCCAUGAGCACGAAUGCAUCCCCCACUUAGUACAUAAUCCUACAAAGAAUUUUGACGUCCUUCAACCUGGGUCAUCUGUAGCAACUUCAUUAUGUGAUGCUGAGGCACAACCAAAAUCUGUAUUUAUUCUGGAGAUUACAGAUGGAAAACCACCUGCACUAACAAGAAUACCAUUAAGGACUAUUAGAACAUUUAAAAUGAAGAAUAUUACUUUACAAGAUGUUGAUUAUUUAAGACCCCAUGAUAAAGAAGCCAUUUCCAAGUAUUUAAUCACAGAAGUUGAAAAGAUGAUCGAAGAAGCCAAUAAAGAAACAAACAUAAAAUUAGGGAAUCUAUUGGAUCAAGAAGAUGAUGAUGAGGAAGGUUUAUUAUCGACGUUACCGCUACCAUUGAUCAGAUUACGAGUAAACUAUAGCGCGUCCACCAAGAAAGGGGCAUCCACAUUAGAUUAUCAAGUUGGGAAUCCUCGUAGAUUUAGUAAUAGGUUUGUGGGACGUGUCGCCAACACUAAUAAUGUUGUACAGUUCUAUAAGAAGAAAAACACCCCUCCAACAACUCAAAAGAAAUCCGCUAAUGAUCUAUCAUUUGACGAAUCAGAUGUCCAAAGGGUACUAAAUGCAAAUGGUGGUGAACUACAUGUGGAUACUUUAAUUGCUGAUUUACUUGGGAAGAUGCAAUUAUCACUACUACCUGAGAUGGGAAUGAACGAGGCUGUUAAGAAAUUCGUGGAUAAAGAUGAAAAGGCUGCAUUAAAAGAGUUCAUUAAUAGUGAAAUAAAGAAUGAGGUUCAGAUAUUAUCAUCCAACAAGGAUUUUCUUGAGAAUGAAAAUAUUGACGAUUUUAAAAAGCUAGUUAAAGAGGUAAAGAAGGCUAAUGUUGUUAAUAUUGUUAAUAACCCACCCUCAAGAGACUUCAAAACAAAUGAACACGUAGAAAACACUACUGGAUAUUUAAAUGUUCAAAAUAUUGAUACAGUAGAUAACGUAUUCGAAGAUACAAAUAAUAAUUUUGAACCUUCAACACUUAGAAGAUCAAGAACGACCACAGGAGACACAAAGAACACUAGGAAAGGAAAUACAAGGGUCAAGAAACAUCCCAUCUCAGAUUCAAUUGUAGUGUCCGAAGAAGAGGAAGACGAUGAUGAUGAGGAAAUAAUAAUAGAUGUAGAUAGCUCUGAAGAUGACGAUUCUGGUUACCCCUUAGGCGACCAAUCAAAACAAAGUGAAUCAAAAUCAAAAGAAUCAAGUCGUAAAAGAACAAUCUCUCAGCGAAAGGCUAAACCUAAAGCAAAUACGUCAAGUAAAACUCCAAAAAGUAACGUCUUGGCACAGUUAUUGGCGCGCAAGAAAAGAUGA